AUGUCUACUUCAACGCUGUCCCUCUCCUCCCUCUCCUCCCUCCCUCUGAGCUACGCCUCCUGUUCGCUAGGAUGCAAACCAUCCCAUGACGUUCCCGCGAGACUCUCAGCCAUAUCAUCCGCAGGCUUCACAGGCAUCGAGCUCUCCAUGCCCGACCUUGUGUCCUUCGCGCAGCAGACCAGCAGCUCUGGAGACAAGAUCGACGACCACUCCUUUAACAUCCUCGUCAAGGCCGCAUCAAACCUCAAGCCCAUACUGGAGAAGGAAGGCCUUGAAGUGAUGCUUCUACAACCCUUUGCUAACUUCGAAGGCUGGCCUGCAGAUUCUCCCGAGCGAAAGGACGCUUUCCAACGACUUGAAGGCUGGACUCGCAUCAUGCAAGCCGUGGGCUGCAAAACACUACAAGUCGGCUCGACCGACACUCCGACAUCCAAGAUUGGCACCGAUCGCUCCCGUUUUGUGAGUGACCUACGAGAAUUGGCCGAUUAUCUGGCAGAGCGGGGACUGCGGAUUGCGUACGAGAACUGGUGUUGGUCGACGCAUGCGCCGGACUGGGCGGACGUGUGGGACAUCUGCGAGAAAGUCGAUCGUGAGAACUUCGGCCUUUGCUUGGAUACGUUUCAGAGUGCAGGUGGCGAGUGGGCAGAUCCGAGCACGCAAAGUGGGCUCGUAGAAGAUGGGCGGAGCAAGGAACAGGUGGAGGCAGAUUGGAAGUCGUCCUGCGAACGCUUGGCGCGCACGAUCCCGGCGGAGAAGAUCUACUUGCUGCAAAUUUCAGAUGCGUACCGGAUGAAAGAUCCACUGGUCGAGAAAGAUGGAGUCGCACCUCGAGGGCGCUGGAGUGGAAAGUUCAGGCCACUGCCAUACGAGGGCUAUUUGCCUGUUGAGGACUUUGCCAAGGCUGUGCUGAAGACGGGAUUCAGGGGCUGGUUCUCGUAUGAGAUUUUUGAUGAAGGCAAAGAUGGUAAGGGUAAGGACUACGACUUGACAGAGUGGACGAAAGCUGCGAGGGAGUGCCAGAAGAAGCUGGUAAAGGGGUGUGCGGACCAGGAGUAG